AUGGCAAAGGGACACCAAGGCAAAUGCUUUGGACUCGUCCUAUUACUCUGCUUCUUUAGUUCAAUUUAUGCACGCAGGGUUCUCAAGGAUCUCGCCAUGAUGGAGGCGAGCAAGCUUGAUCUAAACAAUGUAAUGAUGCCUGGGGUGGUUCUUUUCAGUGAGCAAGAUCAUGACUUGUUCAAUGUUGAACCUGAGCACAAAUUCAAGCAUGAACAUAAGCUUCAGUCCAUGCCGGGUGAACCAGAAGAGCCUGAGGACAAGGUCAUGCCUGACCGUAAGCUGCAGUCUAUGCCGGGUGAACCGGAAGAGCCUGAGGACAAGAUCAUGCCUGAACAUAAAAUGCAAUCCAUGCCGGGUGAACCAGAAGAGCCUGAGGAUAAGGUCAUGCCUGACCAUAAGCUGCAGUCCAUGGCAGGUGAACCAGAGGAGCCUGAGGACAAGGUCAUGCCUGAACAUAAAAUGCAAUCCAUGCCGGGUGAACCAGAAGAGCCUGAGGAUAAGGUCAUGCCUGAUCAUAAAAUGCAACCCAUGUGGGAUGAGCUAGAAGAUCCUGAUCCUAAAUUAAUGCUAGAUCACAAAGAAAAGCCUGAUCAUAAAGUGCAGUCCCUGGCGAGUGAACCAGAAGAUCCUGACCACACAGUUAAGCCUAUGGGGUUUGGUGCAGGUAGGGGCUAUGGAAGUGGCGGUGGAUAUGGAGAAGGCAUUGGCUCUAGUGGAGGCAAUGGAUAUGGACAAGGCAAUGGAUAUGGACAAGGCAUCGGCUCAAGUGGAGGCAGUGGCUAUGGAGAAGGCAUUGGCUCAAGUGGAGGCAGUGGCUAUGGACAAGGCAUUGGCUCAAGUGGAGGCAAUGGCUAUGGAGAAGGCAUUGGCUCAAGUGGAGGCAGUGGCUAUGGACAAGGCAUUGGGUCCAGUGGAGGCAGUGGAUAUGGACAAGGCAUUGGCUCCGGGUAUGGCCAACCGAACUGCGGUCCUAUCAAUGGAGCUCCAGGUAGCGGAUACGGUGAAGGCAUUGGACAGGGAAGUGGUUCAGGUGAAGGGAUUGGUAUAGGUAUAGGAGGUGGCUCUAGUGGUGUUGUACCAAGUGUAGUUGUCCCAGGCAUAACAAUCCCUCCCAUAACAGUUCCAGGAGCACAGAUUCCCGGUUUUGAGAUUCCAGGAGUCAGGGUUAAUCCUGGGUAUGGUUCUGGGGGAUGCCAAACCGGUGGUUGCACUCCAAGAGAACCGUAUUACCGCCCACCUGUAUACGAACAGCCACCAAGCUGUUCUCAUUGUUCACCUUACAGUUCAGGACAAGACAAGCACAUGUCAGAAAAAGAAACCAUGACCGAAGAAGCUCUUGCACCUAGUUCAAACGAUAUGCACGGCUAA